CGGAGUGGCACCGGCUCCGCGUUAGUUGUGGGUGCUACUGCUUGUGCCAGUGGUAGUGGUGGUUGUGGUGGUGGUGGUGGUUGUGGUUCAGGUGGUGGUGUCUGUAGUGACAGCUGCAGUCCGGUCAACGCUGCUUGUGGUGGUGGUGGACCGCGCGCGGUGAUGAGCUGCUCCGAGGUUAUGUAUCAAUAUUACCCGUACAUCUAUCAGAGGCCACCGCCGCCCCAUCCGCACGCGGCCCCGCACCCGAGCGUCGCCCACGCCGGCAAUCAUCCCCACACGGCGCACCACAGUCCGGCCAGGCCCGCGCCCUUUCAGCCCUUCUCGACGGCCACGCCGACCCACACCCACCAGUAUGACAGGAUCAACGUCAAUCAGCGAUCUCUGGAGACGACGAGCCUCGAGCUCUGCGGAGGUGGCAGCAGUAGCGCCGCAGCGGCAGCGGCAGCGAGUAGCGCGGCGCAGGGCGUACCCCAGGGCCAGGCAAGCAGCGCGGGUUCCAUAGGCUCGGCGCCGAGUCCGGCCUCGCCGAGGCCGGCCCCCCAGCACCGGCCGCCCCUCACCGCCUCCUCGCAGUCCUCGCGGACCCUAGACGACGACAGGUCCACCGAUGCCGUGCACGAGUACCAUCACCACCACAACAUGGCAGCAGCGGCCGCGGGCUACAACAGUCUCCUGUUGAACCGUAGCCUCGGCCACCCGAGCUCGCACCCCGGGGUACCUCAUCAGGCGCACACGGCCGUCACGUACAAGGACUGGACAACGGCCGCGCCCUCCCAGUCCCUCGUCGACGCCGCGUCCUCGGCGCCGCCCUACCCCCACGGACCUUACGCCCCUCUGUCCGGUGACUACUGGUCGUGAACUUCACGCGGUGAAUCCUGCUGAUGAGCCGAUGGUGAUGGUAGUGGCACGGUGGCCACAGAGCUUUUGUAAGACGACCAAGUACCGUUCGUUAUUAUACAUGUAAUAUAUACAUAUAUAUUAUCUAGAGGUCAUGUGCGUCGUCUUACGUUAUAUAUAUAUUUACCUUCUUCGCCACUCACCCGCUCCCAUUUCCUCAAUAUUUCUAUUUCAUCCUUGUCGAAACUCAAUUUUAUUCAUCGAUAUAAUUAAUUGUGCUCCUGCGAAUACACGUACAUCGUAUACAAAUAUAUAUAAAUGCUCCCCAAAAUAUUGCUGCUUGCGCCUGAUCGUGGAUGUAUGCUGUGGAGUACUGCGAGCUCUUUCGAUUGACCUUAUAUACGUUCUUUUAGUUUGGAAACAUUCUUCUUUUUUUAUUUUAUUUUAUUUUUUUUUUUUUUUUUUUUUCAUCUUUGUCUUUGUGCACGAGUAAACUCAAAACUUGAUGUUAGGUGUGGAACAAAUGUACAUUAAUGCAAAAUGUUUUUCUGAAUAAGUGAUGUGAAUUUCGUUUGAUUUUCAU